UGCUUCCAGCCUCACGCUCCGAAAGCAGGCGCCCGCUGCUCCCACUUCGCCAAGCCAAACCAACGCCAUCUCCCUCCCUCCAUCCCGUGUGGCCGCCAGCGAGCGAGAGUUCGAGAGCGAGGGCGAUCGAGGGUUCGAGACGGAGGCGGCAGCGGCGGCGAGUACGGGGAUUUUCGAGGAGAUGAACGGCGGCGGCGGCGGCGGCGGAGGAGGGGAGGUGGGCUUCGUGGGGGGAGGCGGGGAGGAGGAGGAGAUGGACGAGGACGGCGCGCGGGAGGCGGGGAAGGAGCAGGUGGUGCUGAUGUGGGGCUACCUCCCCGGCGUCUCGCCGCAGCGCUCCCCGCUGCUGGGCCCCGUGCCCGUCAGGCUGCCCCCCGCGGCGGCCGGCGACGCCUGGAGGGAUGUCUGCGGCGGCGGGUGCGGCUUCGCCAUGGCCAUCUCCGAGUCUGGAAAACUCCUCACCUGGGGCUCUACUGACGAUAUGGGUCAAAGUUAUGUGACGGCUGGGAAGCACGAGGAGACUCCAGAGGCUUUUCCUCUUCCUAGUGAUGUUGCGAUAGCGAGGGCUGAUGCUGGGUGGGCUCAUUGUGUUGCAAUAACCGAUGAAGGGGUUGUCUAUACAUGGGGUUGGAAAGAAUGUGUUCCAACUGGAAGGGUCAUUGCAGACCAAGCUUCAGUUGGAACUUUGGAAAAGGAUGAAAGACAGAGCGCAAUUGCCAACAACCAAGUGAGCCCCAGGUCACAGGUGUCUAGGACAAGCAGUGGAGCGGCAUCUGGUCCUUCUGAAAGUAGAGGUACCGAGGAGAGCACCAAGAGGCGACGGUUGUCUUCAGCUAAACAAGGAAAUGACAGUUCGACAUCUGGUGAUGAAAACCUUUCUGCACCACCUUGUGUUGUGACAUUUAAUACUGGAGUGAAAAUAACGGCAGUAGCUGCUGGUGGUCGCCAUACAUUAGCAUUAUCAGAUUUUGGUCAGGUAUGGGGUUGGGGAUAUGGAGGAGAAGGGCAACUGGGUCUGGGGUCCAGAAUUCGUACAGUUUCCUCCCCUCACCCUAUACCUUGCAUUGAAUCAACAUCGUACGGCAAGGAUCGGCUAUCAGCUAUGAAAGGCAACAAAAACGCUGAAGGACAAAUUAAUAAAGUAACAGGAAAUCGUGUGACGGCCAUUGCGUGUGGAGGCCGCCAUAGUGUUGUGGUAACGGAUUCAGGAGCACUUCUUGCAUUUGGGUGGGGACUGUACGGGCAGUGUGGACAAGGGAAUACAGAUGAUGUGUUGAGCCCAACAUGUGUAUCAGCUAUUCUGGGAGUCAAGAUGCAAGAUGUUGCCGCAGGGUUAUGGCAUACAGUAUCCAUAUCUGCAGAUGGUGAUGUCUAUUCGUUUGGAGGCAACCAGUUCGGGCAGCUGGGGAUUGGUUCUGAUCAAGCUGAGACUAUACCAAAACUGGUGGAUGCCCCCAGCUUGGAAAAUAAGAAUGCAAGAUCGGUGUCUUGUGGAGCUCGUCACAGUGCAAUAAUAACAGGUACUAUAUUGUUGAGACAUGGAAGUGACAGUUGCUGUAUUUCUUUGAUUCUAACACUUACGAAAUUUCCUACAGAUGAAGGCGAAGUCUUCUGCUGGGGAUGGAACAAGUACGGCCAGCUGGGCCUCGGCGACUCCAUGGACAGAAACGUGCCCUGCAUCGUCCCCGUGGAUGAGUACCACCUGCUGAACGUGUCGUGCGGCUGGUGGCACACCUUAGUGCUCGCGGAGUCCCCGACGUGAUGCCGAACCCCUAGCGAAGGAGGAGCCGAACUGCGCCCCGUAGGUCAGGUGACAAUUUUGUUAGGAGUUUGGUAGACCCAUCAUCCACCCAGGUCCCUUGUACAUACAUGAAUGACGGUGCAUACAGUGACAAUGUGUAUCCAUCUAUUAA